AUGUUUCCUUCGGCUAACUAUUUUCGUGAUAUUCCAUGUCCAUUUUUUUCUCGUGUUUCUUGUCCAAGGCCUCAUUGUCAUUUUAAACAUGUUCAAGUAUCAUCACAAUCAAAUCUCAAUACAAAUACAUCAUCAUCAUCAUCAUCAUCAAUUAACAUUCCACCAGAUGCAAAUGAAACACUUAAUAAACUUAUUAAUCAGUUAUCUUCAGCUGCAGCCGCUAGUUCAACAGCAGCAACAAUAACACCAGCAAAUUCAACACCUUCUAUUGAUAUAACAUCUAUGUUUCAGAAUUCAAUUUUACAAAGUUUAACAGCAGCUUUUGCUAAUGCAUUAAAUUCAAACACAUUGUUAGCAACAACAACAACUAAUAACAAUAAUGAAAUAUCAGAAAAAAUCGCACAAGCAAUAAAUACACAAAUACAGCAGCAACAACAAACUCAGCCAGCACAACCAGCUCAACCAACUCAAACAACAAAUACUGUAGAAGGUGUUUAUGAAUAUCGACCAACACCUCUUGCUGAACUUGAACGACGAAGACGAACUCAGCAAUAUCAACCACCAAUUUUAACAACUAUUAAAAGUGAAGCAAUUGAUUUUGAUUCUGAUGAUUAUGCUCAUGCAACAUUUUCUCCGCCAUCAAGUUCACCUCCUCCAACAUCUCUAGUUCAAUCUGAACCUAUAGAAGAACAAAAACCGAAAGUUUCUACUAUUCCUAAAUUUCAACCUGUUACGUCAAAUAAUAUUCCAAAACCAGCUCAACCAUCUAUCACGGAUGAUAAACAUUCAUGGGUAACACCACCUGUUCGCCGGAAACUAUCAUCAUCAUCAUCUGAUCAUAAUGAUUUUGAUGAACGAAAACUUUUAGUAGCCAAAAAAGUCACUCCUCCUGUCAAGACUCAACCACUCACGAAAGUAAUCAACAAACCAACAGCAACAGUAAAACCAAAUAUUAUAGAAAAUACCAAUAAAAUUAUUACAUCUACUAAUCCAAUGAAUAUACGAAUUCCAAAGAAAACAACAACAACAAUACCAUCAAAAGUACGUACAAUGGAUAUUGAUUUAGAUAAAGUUCCUGUUACAUCAACAAUAUCCGUUGAUACUGAAGCAAAUUCAAAUAAGAAAGUAACAACAACAACAACUCUUAAACGUUCAUUAAAUGGAACCAAUGAAAUACCUCAAAAGAAAGCUAGAAUAGUUCCAACAACUAAACAAAAUGUACCAACCAUUAAAAAGAAAAUUCCUACUACAAAUGGAAUCAUAAAAACAAAAACUAGUGAUGAAGAUGAUGAAUUAGCUCUCUUCGACCAAGCAUUUUCAUCUCCAAAAAAACCAAUUUCUGCAGUACCACCAACAUCUGUUCACCAAUUUGUUUCACGUUAUACAUCCUUAGUAAAUACUCAAAAUGAUACAAAUUCUACUAGUGUUACUCGAGCAGAAACGUCUAUUGAUGGUCGUCGUGUUGCUCAUCAACCAAAAGUUCAUUCAACUGUUAAUAAGCCAGCACCUCCAUUAGUAUUUCAACCGUUAGUUGAUCCAAAUUCAAGUGUUAAUAAAAUUCUAUUUAAAACUCGACAAGAAUAUUUAACAUUUUUUUUAAAUGAACUUAAAAAAAUUGCAACAACAUCAACAACAACAAUACCUGUUACUACACGAGCGCAAACAAUUGAAAAAGAAAUAUUUGAUAAAUCAACAAAUAAAAAUUCUUAUUUAAAUUUAGCUGCAAAACAUUUAAGACAAUUAAGAUCUGAAGAAGCAAAUAAUUCAAAUAAAAAUGAAAUCAUAUCACCGAAUAAAAAAACGAAUGCACCACGACUUGUUGUUUCACAUUCAGCGAUGCUUACUGGUGGUAGAACGGAAAAUCUUAGUUUUGGUAUUAAAAAACAAAAAGAAAUUGAUAUGAAAACAUUAACAGAUAAUGAAUUAUAUGCAUUGUUACUUGUUUAUAAAGCAUCUGAUAAAGAUCUAAUGGAAAAUGGUUAUCCAGCAUUUUCACUUGAUUUUCCAGAUAAAGUUUUAAUAAAAAAUAAAAAUCCAAUUUAUUCAUCAUCAACUAAAAUUCUUUCAUCAGAUCCAAAUACUCGUACGUGUUGUCGAUGUAGUAAAACUUAUAAAAUUACUAAUGAAGGAGAAUAUGUGAAACGAGAAGAAUGCAUUUAUCAUUGGGGUCGACUUCGAACACAACGAGUUGCUGGUCAAAUUGAAAAAGUUUAUUCAUGUUGUUCUUCAAAAACAAAUUCAGUUGGUUGUGCUGUUUCUGAUUAUCAUGUAAAUGAAAGUGAUGAUACACAAUUAUUAUCAGGUUAUGUUAAAACUCAACCGAUUCGAAAACAAUUAAAUGCCGAUGAAGGUUAUGGAAUUUUUGCCCUUGAUUGUGAAAUGUGUUAUACAAUUAAUGGUCUUGAACUUGUUCGUGUUAGUGUUAUUAAUCAUAAAUUACAAUCAAUAUAUGAAACCUUAGUUAAACCACAUCGUCAAGUACUUGAUUAUAAUACUCGUUGGUCAGGUAUAACUGAGCGUCAAUUACAAGAUUGUAAUGUUACAUUAGAAGAUGUACAGAGACAUUUAUUAAAACUUUUUAAUAAUAAAUCAAUUCUUAUUGGUCAUUCAUUAGAAAGUGAUUUAAAAGCAUUGAAGAUUGUACAUGAAACUGUUGUUGAUACAUCUUUAGUAUUUCCACAUGCAAAAGGAAGACCAUAUAAACGUGCAUUAAGAACAUUAAUGUCUGAAUAUUUAACUAAAAUUAUUCAAGAACAUGCUGAAGGCCAUGAUUCAAUCGAAGAUGCUGUUUCUUGUAUGGAACUUAUGUUAUGGAAAGUAAAACAAGAUCUUAAAAAUACUUCAUCUAAUCGUUGA